UAUAAAGUUUUGCGGGGUAUGGAUAUUCCAUUUUACGUUAAAUUAGUUGUGUAAUUGUUUGAGAAGAUUAUUAUCAAUAUUCGUGACGUCGAUGAAGAGAGAAGUUGUCUUACAAUUACAUAUGACUAUGAGAAGAAAAAUGCUGAAGUUGUCUUCUUUAAUAUAUUCUUGGACGAAGAUAACUAGUUAUGUCUGACAGUGAAGGAAGUAAUUUCUCAGACAAUGAAAGUGAACGAAGUUUCCAGGAAAGUGAAGCUGAGGCUGAACAGGAUGAUGCCAAAAGUGAUGCAGGUAGUGAAGUUGGGAGUGAUGCAGGGAGUGAUGCUGGAAGUCAGGGUGAUAAGGAUGAUGAAGCUGAAGAGGUAGGAGAAGCAGAAGCAGAGGCUGAAGCAGAGAAUGAUGGUGAUGAAGAGCCAGAGGGUGAAAAUUUGGAUGAGGAGGAUGAAGAAGAAGAGGAGGAGGAGGAUGAUUAUGAAGAUGAAGAAGAGGAAGAGGAAGUUUCAGGAAGAAAAAGAAAAAAAAUGAAAUCUCGACUUGGUGGAUUCAUCUUGGAUGAAGCUGAAGUUGAUGAUGAAGUAGAGGAAGAUGAAGAAUGGGAAGAAGGUGCUGAAGACAUGAUUGAUCGUACGAGACCUAAUGAAGAAGAUACUUCCCGUGAUCUAGAGAGUCAUCGGCGUCUUCAAAUGAUGUGGACGUCUCAAAAGGAAGAUGAAAUUGAAGACUACUAUCGUAGGAAAUAUGCUGAAACUUCAGCAGCCGAACGUGGGUACAGAGAGGGAGACACUGAACUUUCUGAUGAAAUCACCCAACAGACUCUUUUACCUGGUGUUAAAGACCCAAACCUGUGGAUGGUAAAAUGUAGAAUUGGAGAAGAAAAGGCAACAGUAUUAACUCUGAUGAGAAAAUUUAUUGCUUAUCAGCACACUGAAGAGCCUCUUCAAAUUAAAAGUGUGAUUGCUCCAGAAGGAGUUAAGGGAUACUUGUAUAUUGAAGCUUACAAACAGACCCAUGUUAAACAAGCCAUUGCAGGAAUAGGAAAUCUAAGAAUGGGUCAGUGGCAGCAAACUAUGGUACCUAUCAAAGAGAUGACUGAGGUACUAAGAGUAACUAAAGAACAAGCCCAUCUGAAACCAAAGCAGUGGGUUAGGUUAAAGCGAGGAAUUUUUAAAGAUGAUCUUGCUCAGGUGGAUUAUGUUGACACGGCCCAGAAUCAAGUUCAUGUAAAAUUAAUACCUCGUAUUGACUACACGAGGCUCAGAGGUGCUCUUCGAGUUCAACAGAAUGAACCAGAAAAGAGAAAGAGGAACAAGCGACCACCUACUAAGUUGUUUGAUUACAGUGCUAUCAAAGCAAUUGGUGGUGAGGUGACGAAAGAUGGAGAUUUUGUCAUAUUUGAAGGAAAUCGUUACAGUAGCAAAGGAUUUCUUUAUAAAGCUUUUGCAACAUCUGCAAUUAUUGCUGAUGGGGUCAAACCAACACUUUCUGAACUGGAAAAGUUUGAAGAACAACCAGAAGGAUUGGAACUUGAAUUGGCUGAGAGUAAAAAAGAGGAUCAAGGUCACAACUUUGCUCCUGGAGAUAAUGUGGAAGUGGCAGAGGGAGAAUUGAUUCACUUGCAGGGUAAAAUUGUCAGCGUAGAUGGCAACAAGAUUACUAUGUUACCUCGCCAUGAGGAUUUGAAGGAUCCAUUAGAGUUUCAAGCACAUGAAUUAAGAAAAUACUUCAAAAUGGGAGACCAUGUGAAAGUUAUAGCUGGACGCUAUGAAGGAGACACAGGCCUGAUUGUUAGAGUUGAAGAAAACCUUGUUGUUCUCUUCUCAGACCUCACUAUGCAUGAGCUGAAAGUUCUUCCUAGAGAUCUUCAGUUGUGUACAGAUAUGGCCACUGGAGUAGAUUCUCUUGGUCAGUUUCAAUGGGGAGACCUUGUUCAACUAGAUGCUCAAACAGUUGGGGUGAUAGUCAGACUAGAGAAAGAAAACUUUCAAGUUCUGAAUAUGCAUGGAAAGCUUGUACAUGUGAAACAUCAGUCAGUCACCAAGAAGAAAGACACUAGGAGAGCGGUAGCUCUUGAUUCAGAGCAGAACCAAAUACAAGUCAGAGAUAUUGUCAAAGUUGUGGAUGGGCCUCACUCAGGAUUUCAAGGGGAAAUCAAACAUCUGUAUAGAAGUUUCGCUUUCCUACACUCGCGCAUGUUGCUGGAAAAUGGGGGAAUUUUUGUUUCCAAGACAAGAAGUCUUUCACUAGCUGGAAGCUCCAGGCCUACCCCAGCCCCAGCAAUGGGUGGAUACAGUCCUCUUUCUCCCCGAAUCACCAGUCCCAUGCAUCCUUCUGGUGGGGGACGCAGUCCAGGUCCUGGUGGUGGUGGAGGAGGAGGAGGAGGUAUGGGCAGAGGACGAGGUCGUCGUGAUAACGAGUUGAUAGGGCAAACCAUCAAAAUUACCCAGGGGCCAUACAAAGGCCACAUUGGUAUUGUGAAAGAUGCAACAGAGUCUACAGCUCGUGUGGAGUUGCAUUCUAAGUGUCAGACCAUCUCUGUUGACAGAACUAGGCUGGCUACUGUUGGAGCUCCUGGAAAAGGUGGUGGUGUGUCUUCUUAUAGUCGGACGCCAAUGUAUGGAAGUACAACUCCAAUGUAUGGUGCUGGCUCCAGGACACCAAUGUAUGGUUCUCAGACUCCUCUGCAUGAUGGGAGUAGAACUCCACAUUAUGGGAACCAGACACCUUUGCAUGAAGGUAGCCGGACUCCGAGCCAUGGAGCAUGGGACCCCACAGUUACUAAUACUCCAGCCAGACACAAUGAUUUUGAAGACUACCAUUUUAGUGAACCUUCACCAUCCCCUGGCUACAAUCCUGCCACUCCAGGUUAUCAACCAGAAACUCCCCAGGGUCCAUAUACUCCACAGACUCCAGGGAUGUUUAGUUCUGAUCAUAAUUAUUCACCAUACCAACCUUCACCAUCACCUGUUGGUUACCAAGCCUCACCAAGUCCUACUGGAUAUAUGGGAACAACUAGUCCUGCAGGGUUACAAGCUACUCCAUCUCCUACAGGCUAUGGCUAUAGUCCAAUGACACCUGGUGCUUCAUCACCAUUUAACCCACAAACACCAGGCACAGGUAUGGAGCAUAUUUCAGUGGAGUGGCAAACUACAGAUAUUGAAGUAAGAAUACGAGAAACUCACGAUGAUGAUGGUCUUAUUGGACAAACAGGCAUUAUACGAGGAAUUUCAGGAGGAAUGUGUUCUGUAUUCUUGUUGAGAGAAGACAGAGUUGUGAAUAUUCUCAGUGAACAUUUAGAACCUGUAACACCAUCAGCAGGCAACAGGGUCAAGGUGAUCAUGGGUGAGGAUCGAGAAGCUACUGGCGAACUUCUUACCAUUGAUAACAAUGAAGGAGUUGUGAAAGCUGACCAUGGUGGCAUCAAGAUGUUGCAGCUUCGGUUCUUAUGUAAAAUGAAAGCUGAUUAAGCUCUCUUGUUGUCAGAAGAAAUAUGAUGAAAACUGUACUGUAUUUUUGUUGUCUGAAUGCUUUUCUAUAUUAAACUUGAUUAACGUGGUUAACUUAAACUUUUAA